AUGCCAGUUGACGUCGGAGCGCCACUGCUGCCAGAUGACGCGGUGCCCGCUGUCGAGCCAAUGACCUGAUGCCUGGUGACCCGAUGCCACGCUGUCCAGCCAGACGAUCCAUUGUCUGACCCAGUGCCCGCGGUCAUGGCCAGUUGACUCGGAGCCCACUGCCUUGCCAGAUGACGCGGUGCCCGCUGUCGGAGCCAAAUGACCUGAUGCCUGGUGACCCGAUGCCCGCUGUCCAGCCAGACGAUCCAAUGUCUGACCCAGUGCAGCGGUCAUGCCUGUUUCGGAGCCCCACUGUCGUGCCUGGUGACAUCGUGCCUGACGCCCAGCCUGGGGGCCCGUUGCAUUGCUGCCCUGGGGGCCCGGUGCCUGCCUUGCUCCGCCUGGGGGCCUGGGUGCCUGCUGCUCCGCCUGGUGGCCCGCUGACCUGCUGCCCCGCCUGGUGGCCCGGCUGCCUGCUCUUCGCU